UUUCCGUUGUUUGAAGGAGGAAGAGGAGGCAGGGAUGGCUGCGGCGGGGAUAGCGGCUUGCUGCGGGCGGGCGUUGAGUCGAGCGGGACCAGCUUCUCUGAUAUUGUCUGCAGCCCGAAAAAGUUCACAGAGCACUUCAAUAUACCAAGGAGUUCUUCCAAGAACAUCUUUGUCUGCACCUCCAUGGCCUGAAAUCAAACUGCCAGUUCCGGCUGAAGAGGCAGAGCACCACAGAGAGAUUGUGCAGAAAGUGAAUGAACAGAUUGCUGACAGACAAUAUGGAAGGCUAUUUGCAGUUGUUCAUUUUGCCAGCAGACAAUGGAAAGUAACCAGUGAAGACUUGAUUUUAAUUGAAGGUCACAUACAAGCUGAAUGUGGAGACCAAAUCCGAAUGGAGAAGGUAUUGCUGGUUGGUGGAGACGAUUUCACUCUCCUUGGGAGGCCACUUCUGGGAAAGGACCUUGUACGUGUGGUGGCUACUGUUAUUGAAAAGACAGAAUCGUGGCCAAAAAUUAAUAUGAGGUUUAGUCCAAAACUCCAUUCCCAGAGGAAGAAAAUUAUUAUUCAACCACAGACUGUCCUCAGGAUAAACACCAUUGAAAUUGCUCCCGUUUUGUCAUGAUGAAUUCUUGGGCUUGGUUUGUUCAUUAGAGCUUUAGGCCAAUAUGAAAAUGAAAAAUGUUUCUGUUGCAUUCUGUCAUUGCCUCUACUAGAAAUUUAUUAGUAAAUAAAACUCAUGUCCCAAUA